AAACUGUGAACAUUGGAUCAAUAUACGAUGUACACCUCAAGAUCCCUCACCCAUCUUCGUCCUCCUCGUCACUCUCCUCGUCCUUCAUCCAGGUCCGUCACCACCGGCGACCGUCGCAUUCCACCUCCUCCUCGACCUUCUCAAGCGUCCUACUCCCCUCUCGCAAAUACAGCAAGGAUCUUUUCCGAUACCUCAAAUUCACCGAGAACGUCAUUCUAUCUCCUCCUAUCUUUCUUAGGAACGACAGCACUCGGUUAUUCCUUAUCUUAUCUCCCUCCUCCACCUGAAGAUUCAUUCCUUUCUAAAUUAUCUAAACUUCCUUCUUCUCUUUCUUCAUUUUUGAAUCUAUCUUCAUCUUCCAACAUCAUCUCGAACCUUUCAGCAUCAUCAAAUAACAAAGAAGGGAAUCCAUCAAGUGAAUUAGUAGAAUCAUCACAAGCUAAACAAUAUUGGCUCUCUCAUCCACCCACAUAUGGUACGAGAGCAGAUUAUCAACAAGCCAUAGAAGAUCUUACGAAAUAUUUUGGUGAUCAAGCAGGAGAAAGAAUCAGUACAGAUCCAUCUGAUCUUGAAGUUCAUGGUGUAAGUGAUUGGAGUUAUCAUGCUGCUAAACGACCUACUGUGGUGGUUUGGGCAGAAAGUACGGAUGAUGUUGUCAAAGUUGUUCAAGUGGCUCGAAAGUGGAAAGUACCUAUUACUCCUUAUUCAGGAGGAACGAGUUUAGAGGGACAUUUCAGUAGUCCCUAUGGCGGGAUAUCCCUCGAUUUAUCAAAUAUGAAUAAAAUUCUACAGUUCUCCGCUCCAGACGGGGAGAUGACCGUUCAAUCCGGUGUCAAAUGGGAAGAUGUCAACGCUUGGUUGAAAGAAAAAGGAGCCCCAUUGUUUUUCCCUUUAGAUCCUGGACCCGGAGCUACGAUAGGUGGUAUGGUGGCUACUGGGUGUAGUGGCACGAACGCUGUCAGGUAUGGGACUGCUAAGGCAGAGUGGUUUUUGAAUUUGACCGUUGUACUAUCCACUGGAGAAGUCAUCAAAACCCGUCAACAUGCCAGAAAAUCCGCGGCGGGAUUCGAUACCACUAAACUUUUCAUUGGUGCCGAAGGAACUUUGGGUAUAGUCACCGAGGCGACUUUGAGAUUAGCUCCGUUGUUACCGACGAAAUGCGCUGUAGUGACAUUUGACGGAGUGGAAGACGCUGUGAAUGCUGCUACGGAGAUUGUUACAGCUGGUUAUCCGGUCCAAUGCGUCGAGUUCCUUGAUGCGAGAACUAUGAAAGCUAUCAAUAGAGGUGGUGCGGUCAGUAGAGAAUACAAGGAAGCAGAUUCGUUGUUGUUCAAAUUCCAGGGAUCCGAUGCUGCCAUGUCUGAAGUCGCUAAAGGAACCAAGGCCGUAUGUCAAAAACACGGUGGAAAGAAUUUUGAAUUUUCCAAGACGGACAAGGAAGCCGAGGAUUUAUGGCAAGGGAGGAAAGCGGCUUUAUGGAGUGUUUUAGCUUUGAUUGAAGGGUCGAAAGUAUGGACUACGGAUGUUUGUGUACCCAUCUCCAAAUUACCAGCUUUGAUCAGAGAGACGAGCGAAGAUUUCGAAAAGAGAGGUAUCACAGCUUGUCAUUUUGGCCACGUCGGCGACGGAAACUGUCAUUCCCUCGCUCUAUUCACAAACGAAGACGAACUUUCUCGUAUCCGUGAAGGGGUACACGAAAUGGUAGAACGUGCCAUCCGAUUAGGUGGGACAUGUACAGGAGAACAUGGUGUUGGGACGGGAAAGAUAGAAUAUCUCGAGACGGAAUUAGGAGUUGGAACUGUUAGUCUUAUGGAGACUGUCAAGCGGACAAUGGACCCUUUGGAUAUCAUGAACCCUGGAAAGUUAUAUCCCAAUAUCAAACCUAUCCGACCGGAGUGAACUUGAUUUGUUUCACGCUUGAGUGUGAUUACCUAUCUAUCUGCAUGUCUUAAUCAUUGGGUAUAUCCAUGCAUAUUUCUUGCAGAG